AUGGAGCAAAUCACCCCAGACCUGUCGACAGCCUACCACGCCCUGCUCACUGAGAUUCAUUCACCACAUAAGACGUCUGCCGAACCUCUGUGGGAAGCCUUUGAAAGCGACUAUCUCGACGAUUCCGACUCCGCUUCAGUUGAGAGCGAUGAAACAGUAGCCUGCGGCUUCGAUCAAUCCCUUUCCCGCCCAUCUCCACCCCCGCCGUCCCCCGACAUGGACCACCGACUUCACUUCUUGCGAGACCCCGACUCGCGGCCCAAGACCACCGACACGCCUUCCACCAGCCCACUCUUUAUCAUCCUUGACAUGUUGGACAUCAUGCUCGAUCAGGCCCAGGCGCAGCAGAAGGCGCAGAGACCGCAGAGGCAACAGAGGCCGCCCAGGGCGAAUGGAACGCCCCACCGCGAAAUUCAAAGCGAUAUGGAAGCCAGCUGCGACCGCGUCGAAGAGCGGCUUCAUCUCCACCGCUCCCGCAGCCAGAGCGGACCAUUAGCACGCCGCCGCCAUCACCGCUUGCGCCCGUCUCGGAGAUCUGUUCCAGCCCUUGCUUUCCAGGAAAUCAAACCUCAACCCGAGUCUGGCCUCGGCCCUGUGCAGUUGACGAAGAUGAUCGACAUUCUGAUGACUGAAUGGCCCAUGGUUGAGUCCGCCGUCCUCACCGCGCUUCAUCAGAACCCCGGAGACAACAUCAACAAGUGCAUACAGUUGCUCGGCAAUGUCUUGCUCAACCGGGUUGCCCCUAAAUGA